AUGUCCAAAUUUGCAAAAGUGGAGGACGAUAGUACUAUCUUGAUUAUAGAAGAAACACCAUACCGGAAGAGCCCAGGAUAUCUGAGAGAUACUACACUAGAAAACGCUACUAACUCCCCAGAAAUAUCACCACCAAAAUCGACCCUUAGGGACCUAGAAAGGGCAAUAACUGAAGUUACUAGUAAAAAGGUAGCAUUAGAAUUCCAAAGAGAAAAGGGUACAGAACUAGAUAAAAGGGACCGGGAAUUUAAAAUACAGGAAUACGAAAAGAAACUCCUUCAAUACAGAGCAUUAGUAGCAAAAGCAAAGGAAGACCAGAUGAGUGGAUUUUUUGGAGGAAUAUCAAGAUCAUUAUCAGGGGGAGGCCAGAACACAACAAAAGAAGACAAUUCGGAGACUAAACCAGUGGUUCAAAUGGUAGAAGCAAAAACGGGUAUUAAAACAGCAACAGGACCAUCAGUGCCGGACCCAUCAACAAUAGUAAAAGAAAAUAAGGAAAAAAAGAAAGAGGCCGGGGCAUCUACUAGCAGCAGCAAGAAUAGUAAGCCACAAAGUACUGCAGGGGACAAUGUUGGAGGGACCAGUACGACAACACCAGUAACGGCAGGGACAUCUACUAAUCCACCAGAAAACCCAUUUUGCAUAAUUAAAAACUGUAAAAAUAAAAAACAAAAAGGAGCACAAUUCUGCAAGAGCUGCUUGGAUAAGCAGCUGGCAGCAAGACAAUGUGUAACCAAGGAUUGCACUAAUGUGAAAUUGGGAGGGUCGAAAUUUUGCUCAAAGUGCGCCUCCAAAAAUGACACAGUCUACUGCAAAGAGGGAACCUGCGUUGAACAAGCCCAAAUGGGAGAAUUAUACUGUGCAGUGCAUACAUGCACAACCAAUGGCUGUAUGGAGCCAAGGGAUGGGAAUAGCCAUCUGUGCAAAAACUGCUAUCAGAAAGUAGAAGAACAAAGAAAGGAAAGAGUAAAGUGUGCAAUAUUACGAUGUAAUAACAGAAGGGAGAUGGGCAAUAUCUUUUGCACAACAUGCAAGGGAUCUUUUUGUGAACAGUGUGGGACAGAUAAGGACGUGGGUGACCGAUAUUGUCGGGGGUGUAAAUGUCAAAUAGAUUCAUGCGAAAACAAAAGAGAAGAUUAUAAAACCUUUUGUAAGGAAUGUCAAGAGGACUCAAGAAGGUGUAUAACGGAAGACUGCCCUAGGGCAAAGCUAAGUGGAGGAAGCUAUUGUGAAAAUUGUAGAAGAAGGGAUUUGAGAAGAUGCCCAGCCCCUUUCUGUACAGAAUGGAAUCACAUAAAUAACACUCAGUGCCAACACUGUGGAGCCAAAAUAAGACAAUGUGAAGAACAGGGAUGUGAAAACCUUGUGCUGGAGGACGCGAUGUACUGUUGGCCCUGUGAAAAGAAUCUACCAGAGUGCAUAAGGGAAGGAUGCCGAAGCUCAGUGCAGCAUAGGUCAAAUCGGUACUGUGAUGUUUGCUUUAAUAACAUGAGCCCACCAAACACACCAUCACCAACAGUUUCUCGAACAGUCAGAAUGGGGCAAGGAGCAGGACCUCAACCAAACUUAGCAGGAACUAGUAUCCAGGGAAUAGGAAGAACUGCCACACCACCACCAAGACAACCACCUAAUUGGCAAACAACAAUCACACAACCACCGGGGGGCCAGCAGGGUAUAGUUGAUCCAUACAUCACGGUUAUUAGGUCAUCUUCCCCACCAAUUCUACCAAUUACACAACCAAUUGCAAUACCAGUACCCACUACACAACCACAACCACCACCACCACAGCCAAUAGCUCCACAACCAAUGCCGCCACUAGUACCAUUUCCACAGCAACCACCAGUGACUACCCAACAGCAGCAGUUGCCAUUACCAAUACCACCAGUUACAGUGGCAAGCACUCAACCAACACAACCACCACCAGGGCAACCACCAGUGGGAGGAACAUUUGGUCUUCAACACAUCAACACAUUAGUAGCUACCCAAGUAACACAACUAGGACAGAAUGUGAAUGCACUAGCCAUGGAAAUCAGAGAAGGAAAAGUAAUGAGCAACCAGGGGAAUGUUUCCACUGUAAUAAAACAGGACAUUGGGCAAGGAACUGCCCAGAAAGAAACAAACGAGCAAAAUGUUACAAUUGUGGAAAAGAAGGCCACAUAUCAAGUCAAU